UUCUCUGUCUUCUUUUUGUGUCUGCGCAUGCGCGCUGCGGGUCGCUGCACAGUCUGGCGGUCGCAGUAGCGACGGCGGCGGCUGCUGUGAGAAAGCUGCACCGAGGAGGAGCCCCUAUUGUGACCCAUUCUCCUCCGUCUCUGUUGCCCUGUACGGAAUAAUUGGUGGACCCCCCGCGACCGUGCUCGGAUGCCACUCCCUGACUGGGCUCCGGUAACCGGGGAGAGGAGAACCUCCAUUCACUAGCGCCGAGGAAGAGGAGGAGAACAGACACCAUGAGUGAGCAGAGCAUCUGCCAAGCACGGGCGGCUGUCAUGGUUUAUGACGAUGCCAACAAGAAAUGGGUCCCGGCAGGAGGGUCGACAGGAUUCAGCCGAGUGCAUAUUUAUCACCAUACAGGAAAUAACACCUUCCGGGUGGUGGGCAGGAAAAUUCAGGACCACCAGGUGGUCAUCAACUGUGCCAUUCCCAAGGGGCUGAAAUACAACCAGGCGACGCAGACCUUCCACCAAUGGCGGGACGCGAGACAAGUUUACGGGCUCAAUUUUGGGAGCAAAGAAGAUGCCAAUGUGUUUGCAAGUGCCAUGAUGCAUGCCCUGGAAGUGCUGAACGCGCAGGAAUCUGGUCCGACGUUGUCCCGGCAGAAUUCCCAUAUCCCCCUACAAGUACAAAAUGGCCCGUCACAGGAGGAGCUGGACAUUCAGCGGAGGCAGCUGCAGGAGCAGCAACGACAGAAGGAGCUGGAGCGGGAAAGGCUGGAACGAGAUCGCAUGGAGAGAGAACGCAUGGAGAGAGAACGCAUGGAACGGGAGAGGCUCGAGAGGGAGAGAUUGGAAAGGGAGCGCCUCGAGAGGGAGAGAUUGGAAAGGGAGCGCCUAGAACGCGAACGCCUGGAGCGUGAGCGCCUAGAGCAAGAGCAGCUGGAAAGAGAGCGCGAGAGGCAGGAGAGAGAACAUCAGGAGCAACUGGAGCGCGAGCUUCAAGAACAAGAAAGGCUGGAGCAAGAGCAACAAGAGGCAACGACGUUACAGGAGCAAUUGGAGAAGGAGCACCAGAAGUGGGAGCGCGAGAGAAGGGCAUCUAACACGGACUCAUCUUACGACAAUUCAUUGUAUAACUCUCAGCAUCCAGACUACCCGACCUGUCGGCCUCACUCAUCAUCUCCCAUAUCUUACGCUAAAGCCAUUUCCCUCCCAGCCUCUUCUAUAUGUACAGACUCCAUCGCCGACUACGUCAUUGUCACCUCCCAGGCCAUUAAUUCGACGCCGCCGACACCGCCCCUCCGUCACUCGGCGUCGCGUUUUGCCACAUCUCUGGGUUCCGCCUUCCAUCCCGUCCUCCCCCAUUAUGCAACGGUUCCGAGACCUAUAAAUAAGAUCGCCAAACCUCCUUCUCCAGUCAACCCUGCACCGCCACCACCUCCUGUUAAACCUAUCUCCUGGUCUGCUUCUAAUUUUGCUCCACUUCCUCCAUCCCCUCCUGUCAUGAUCAGCAGCCCUCCUGGCAAGGCUACUGGCCCUAGGGCGGUCCACCUGGUGUCUGCAUCCCAGCUCGCUCUCCUCUCCAAUGCACCCAAUGGUCAUGCUGAUACGUCUUCAUAUGAAAUGUCAUGCACUCCUGCUCCACCUCCUGCUCCACCUUUACCAUUGUUUCCACCUUUCUCACUGUCCUCAUCUCAAGCCACCACUCCUUCUUCUCCAAGCACUCCUCUUGUCUCAGCACCUUCAUCCCAGCCUAGUGUUCUGCCUUCUCCUGCAGCUUCUCCUGCCUCUGUUGAGAACUCUUUAAUCUCUGUGCUGGGAGACGCCUGUGCUUCUCAGCCAGACUUGACCACAACCUCUCAGCUGAUUGACCCUGCGUCCCAUCCGGGUGUUGUCCCGGGACCACCAGCACCACCUCCCCCACCCCCUCUUCCUCUAGGUGCAAGUGUGUCUCAGUCAGCCCCUGCUCCACCACCUCCUUCUCCUCCUCCCCUCCCUCCAUUAUGGCAUUCACCACCUCCUCCUCCUCCUCCUCCUGGACCGCCACCUCCUCCAGGACCUCCACCACCUGCACCUAUGGCUGUGGCUCCUCCACCACCACCUGCACCUCCACUUCCAUUCUCUGUGGCUUCCGCAAGUUCAGAAGAAAACCGUCCGUUAUCGGGCUUGGCAGCUGCACUGGCUGGUGCCAGACUGAGGAAAGUUUCCCGGACUGAUGAUAUGUCAAAUCAGAGCAGUGUAAGCUCUGCUGGAGCCAGUUCGGCCCCUCCCAAGACCGAAGCUAGUCGUGGGAAUGGCCCUCUUCCAAUGGUUGGGGGAGGUUUAAUGGAAGAAAUGAGUGCAUUAUUAGCAAGAAGAAGACGAAUUGUAGAAAAAGCACCAACCAUAGAACCUGAUGCAAAAGAAGACAAGACGGAGGAGCAAGAGCCCACACCUACAAAAGCGCCCUCUGCUGGCACACCAGAACCUGCAAGAAAGCCUUGGGAACGAACCAACACGAUAAAUGGUAGCAAAUCCCCCGUUAUCUCCAGACCAAAGUCUACACCAUCAGGGCAGCCAAGUGCCAACGGGGUGCAGUCCGAAUCCUUGGACUACGACAGACUGAAACAGGAUAUUUUAGAAGAGAUGAGAAAAGAAUUAGCAAAACUGAAAGAAGAGCUCAUUGACGCCAUCCGGCAAGAGCUCGGAAAAUCAAACAGUACAUAGAAAAGACUGAAGGGAGGCGACGCAGUGCCCUGAUUAGAAACGACUUCUCCUUUUUUUCUAAGAUGUUUUAAAGGAAGUCUGAGAAUCCUGCAACCUGGGAACCGCAAAUAAAGACCUUUCAGAAACUUCAGUUUUGGAUGUAUACAGAAUCUCUCAUGGUUUUCUGCCUUUAAAUUUUCCCCUUCUUGCACCUCAAGAGCGAUGGUCUUAAAAAAAAAAAAAACACACUGAACAAUUAUGCAGAAGUUCCUAUUUCCUGAUUAUUUUUAAUAUAUUUUUCUCCUGUCCAAUGAGCUGACAUAUAUAUGAGAAUCCAACCACCUCAAAAAGAAAAGCAUUGCCCUUCAAUAACGUAUUCCAGAGGAGAGAAGUGUCUAGUCAAGCAAGUUAUCCGAUCGUUGACUGCAAGUGUAACUCAGGUUCGUCUUCCUAGGAUAUCUGAUCAUUUUUUGGUUUUUGAAGCACCCACACCGUGUAGACUAUCGCUACAUUCUGGGCACCACACUCAUAUAUAUAUUUUUUUUAAGUUAUUCUCGGGGAAGCCAGUCACAGGCCUGAUAUUUAGGAGACGUUGGGGUCAGGGGCGUAGUGUUGCACCUUGAGCGUUUUAAUUUUCUACCUAAUUUUUGAUACUUUGGCAGAGGGCGACUUGUGUUUGUCGUUUCGUUGACGAGAAGACAAGCCAAGUGUCUGUGACGGGCGUGAAAGAAUAAGGAAAGCCUUUCUUAAGUUAACGCUUCUACCAAAUCAGAAACCCAUUAGAGCUAUGAUUAGAGAUUUACUUUACCGUGCAUGCGGAGAAAAAUAUUGUAGGAUCCUCAGCACCUAGAAAAAUUUAAAAGUUGCAUGUCCAGAUAGCGGGCUGUCCCAGACCUCUCCAUUAUCUAAGAUAAGCUUUUUCUUGGCCAUCUUCUUGUAACCUUCUUCUCCAUGAUGACCUGGCUUUACGUUCUGCCCUUUCGUUCAUGACCCUGAUGACGGAUUGGAUGGUACUGAGGUUUUUCUAUGCCGGAAGGGAAAGUUAGUCUGGAAUUUGAAGGUUCCUGCGGUUGAAGGAAGUCACCAGCUAAAGUGACUCUGGUGGGAUGUCUGAUUUGAGAAGGACGUUGGUAAUGUUGGAAGUCUUGGUUGGAAUUGUGCCAUACUGACAUGGAACCUCUGAGAUCUUAUGGAUAUAUGGGAUAUUACUGCAGCUCAUAAAAUGGGAAACCUGCCCCCUAGCAAGUGCUGGACACCAAAGCAAGAUGCCUCUACAAGCUUGGAAGAUAUGGACCUCGAUCUACUAUGUUGUACCGAAGGCCAUAGAUAUUCCAAACCGAAAAAAAAAAAAGAUUCAACCAGUAUCUCAAUGUGCAAGCUGCCACUAUUACCCCUCUCCCAUCCUCCUAAAAAAAUAAACUGCCGUGCAUGGUACGAAGUAAUGGAACUGUGGACUAUUUGGGACAGGCUUGUCCAGGACCGGCUCACGUGAGGAUUUGUCAUCCACUAUCUGUUCAUUUCUGUGGACAUUUCAGCUGUAAGAGUUCAGCCAAUGUAUGUGAUCCCGCGGGUCAUUUCCGUCGGCUCCCUGACUAAAGCCAACAUUUUGUUACGACGACUAUCAGUCCAAAGUAUGACAACCCAUGACGGGGAGGACGGUUCCGCCCCGUGUUUUUGAAUGAUACCGGUUUUAUGCACUAUGCGUUUUUGUGCCUUGGUCUAAAAAAAAAGGAAAAAAAAAAGAAACCUGAUCUUUCUGUUCUAGAGUAAUCAUAUGUCUUUCCAUCUUGCAUUCACAUCUCAUGUGAUAUCAGUUACUUUUUAGUUCCCCCUCCAAAAUGUUCUUGCAGUACCCCCAUAGUCUCAUAUUUGCUAACACUAAAGGAUAUCCACCAGUUAUUACUAGAUCAUUAGAGAUUUUCUGUAAUAUAAAUUAUAGAGGGUGGUUUUUUGUUUUCUUUAAAAAAAUAAAAAAUUCUAAAAUUUUCUAGCUUAAUUUUUAUUAAAAAUCUACCGUAAUUAAAAAAAAAAAAUUCUGGAAACGAUAAUCAUUUCAAGGGGGUUAUGUCUUUUGUUUGUGUUGGGUGUCUUACAAAGUUUUGAGAUAUCCCGCCCUAUGCGAACUUUCUUUAGCAACACUGUGACAUAUAUAUAUAUUUACCCAUUAUACCCAAAGGGGGGUAAAAAUCAUCAAUUGCAAUGAAACUGAAUGUAUAAAAUCUGUGUGCUGGUGCUGAAAUCUCUCCUUCAGUCAUCCCGGUCAUGUUACAUGUGUCUCAUGUGAAGCAGGAGUCGGAAUCCUCUUAUGAAUGUCACCUGCCCGUGCUUCUUGUUUUUACCACAUUAGUUUUUUCUUUUUUUUUUCUUUUUCAUGUCAUCUCUAUUUUUUACCAUUGUUGCAUUUUAAAUUUACUACAUGCUAACUUUUUUUGUUUUGUUUGAGCAAAUGAAAUAAAAUUGCAAUAUUAAGUGUUGCUACCAUUGGUCUGGUGAAGGCUUCUAAUCUUUGGACUGCGGGGGAAAAACUUUUUCAGACAGGUUAUCUUGAAUGUGACUUUAAACAAAAAAAAUGGAAAAAAAAAAUUGCUGAAUGCCCUAUAAAUAACUUUACGGUAUCUCUUCUUGAAGGGUUUACAUACGCUAUCAUUAUUUUUCUAAUUUUGAAGAUACAUUUUACCAGUAUUGAAUACGCUCCGAUAAUGUAAGAAUAUGUAAUAUGUAUAAAUGAAGACUGUAUAUAAUCGCA